AUGGCAGAUGCACAUGCUAUUUUUGCUCAGGAUCAAGGUACAACAUUCAAUCUUGAGUAUGCAUGGCGAUUGUUAAAAGAUGAAGCUAAAUGGCGCAUCGUCGAAGAAUCGAUUGGAAGUUCUGCAAAAAUAACAAAGACUUAUGCUAAUGGGCCAUCAUCGGAGAACCCAGAUACAACUUCAAGUUAUGAGUUUAACUCAUCAUCACCAAUGGAGCGUCCAAUGGGACAAAAAGUAGCAAAAAGGAAGGGUAAGGCAUCAGAAAUUCCAAAUGCAACGCAAGAUGCAAAGAAUAAAAGAGCAAUAACAAUGGACAGACUUGCGCAAGCUAAGGAGGACGAGCUAGAAUUAAGGGUAGUGCAAAUGAUGAUGAAAGACACUUCUACUAUGAACGAUAGUCAACGAGAUAUUCAUGAAAAAUAUUGUAAUAAGAUGAAAAGAAAAUAUGGAAUGUAG